AUAAAGUAUUUAAAGUAUGAAUAACAUAAAUAUACAAAUUGAAGCUGAGAAACUACACUUUGCUGAUGAAUGUAUUGAAAAUGUUCCUGAAGCAGAUGAAGUAGAUUUAUUGAGAGGACAACCUUGUCAUGAAUCACCUGAACAUAAAAAUUGGUCUUCAUGGAUACUAAAUCAGUCUACAGUAUUUGCAACUAAUACAUUAAAUACAGUUGACUAUUUAGGUGAAUCCUUAGCGAAUUUUUUCGGCAUCACUACUCCUAAAUAUCAGUAUGAAAUAAAUUAUCAUAAUAAUAUUUUACAUCAGAUAAAUAACGAAAAAAUUGCUGAUGAAGAAAGUAUGAAAGGAUGGAAUACUCAAAAUCAAGAAUGUGUUACUGUUACAGAACCUCACUAAAUCUGUAGAUUGAAUCAAUCAUCUUAGUGAUAUAGAUAUCAAUUACAAUUGUUAAAAUCUUUUUAUCAUAUAAUUUUACAUUUAUUUGGAGUUUAAAUACUAAAUGACUACUAUUAUUAUUCUUAAUUUACAUUUAUAUUAAAUAUUGUAUACAUUGUAGUAUAAUUUGCAUAUUAAUAAAACUAAAACUAAAAUAUAAUAAACUCAACAUACCUAA